AUGGCACCAACCGGACGAGGAAGAGGGUGCAGGCGAGGUGGAGGCUUAGUCAAACGACACGCACCUUACCAAUUCAUAGGACGGCCACGCCCUCCUAUACUAAGAAGAUGGACCCCCGAUGAUGAUGAAGGUGCGGGUAGUUCUGACGACUCAACGCAGCCUCCAAGUCCAGAUAGGCCGCCUCAACUUGCAAGUUCUAGACCAAUAUUGAGUGGGCCUAGGAGUGGAGGUAACAAUGAAAAUCUACAUGAAGCUGCAGCAGAAGAUGUUUCCGAGCUUGCAGCAGCAAACAUUGCAAGUAGAAGACCAAUAUUGAGUGGGAGCAGGAGUGGAGGCAACAAUAAUCAGCCAAAUGAAGCUGCAGCAGAAGAUGUUCCUGAGCCUGCAACAGUAAACCUUGCAAGUAGAAGACCAAUAUUGAGUGGGCCAAGGAGUGGAGGCAACAACGAUAAUCUAAAUGAACCUGCAGCAGAAGAUGUUCUCGAGCCUACAACAGAAAACAUUGCACGACCAAGACGUGGUCGUGGGCCAGCGAAAUGUAUUGAGUUUGAUAAGCAACGAAAGCAUGGAAAAAUACCAUUGAAAAUCAAUGAUGGGCAAACCGCACCUUGCUGCGAAAAUGCAACGAUGUUUACAACACGGGUCACAUGGAUCUUAAAACAUCAUGCCGACAUGAGUUACCCACGAUGGACGGAUGUACCUAUGGUUGAGAAGGAAGAGCUAAUGGAUCGUGUCAGGGCUGACUUCAUAUUGGACUGGGAAAAGGACAAUCAUCGCAAGACAGUCUGGAAACAGUUACGAAGGCGAUUCAAUGCUUUCCAUCAUGAGCUUCACAAGAAAUAUUUGUCAUAUGAUAGCCAUGAAGAAGCCUUAGCUAGUGCGCCUGGUAUGGUUGGGCCACUUGUUUGGGCAAAGUUAUGUGGUAGAUGGGGAAGUGAGGCAUUUAAGAAAAUGUCCAAGCAAAACAAAGAGAACCGUAGCAAGCUGAAAAUCAAUCACACCGCUGGGAGGAAGUCAUUUGUUCGCGUAUUAGAGGAGAAGGUUAGGUUUACUUACAUACUCUAUUCUAAUUCUCAAUCCACUUGUUUGAAAUGCUGA